CUAUAGAGAAUUAUGCAUUGCUACGAAACCCGAUGUAAUGUCGAUGGGAGGAUGUGCAUUGUUGUUGCAAAAUUGAGCAUGGUAUCGUUUGACUUGUGCUGCUCCGGAUGCACCCAGUGCAUGGAUAUUUCCACUUGCACAAAGAUUUGAUUCUGGGGGUCUAAAUUUCAGUAGAGUUCCUCACAAUGAUAUAGAAGGAUACCGGAAUACUAUCGAUCAUAUGAUGGUUCAGGAAGUAAUAUAUUCAUAUUCAUUCUCAUGUAGUUACACUUUAAUUUUUUUUUAUAUCUCUUAAUAUAUAUUUUAGUCUAUUUUUUUAACACUCAGUUUCGUUGGAGACCGUAUCUCAGGUUCCAACACGAGGUACCCGAACAAGAGAUCAACCCUUGGACUGCAUGUACCUAUCUGCACUGUUAUCAUAUCGUCGAAAAAUAUCAUGCAGAUAGAGUUGCACUUCAGUUCAGCUUUCAUCAACAGAUUCCACAACCUCCAGAAGAUAUGACGCUCUACCAUGAGGUCGACAUGAGGCGUGGCAUCAAUGAUAAUUGGAGUGUGGUUUGGAAAGAUGAGAUUCAACAUUAGAAUGAACGUCAUAAUUACAUAUUGCAAGGUCAAUACGUUGAAGGUGUUUUAUGUCACACUAAAGAAUAUAUGAAUUGGUUCAGACAUCACACUAAAUUAUAUAUAUCUGUGGAAAGAUACUUGCGUGAUCCACGUUUGCAACCUUCAACAUAUCCCGAUGUUCACUUUAUGCCUCAAUCAAUCCCACAACAAAAUAUCAUGCACCAAACACCGUCUUUAUCAUCACCACAACAUCUUCACGAAGCUGCAGAUAUACCGACUCAAUAUUACGUUCCUUCAGUGCCAACAAUACCAACUCCCAUUAAUCCGACCGAGAGCGGAAUUUUCUAUAAUUUGUUUGGUACUCAUUGCACAACUCCUAAGUCGGCUUAUGCGGCUUUUGAUUCUAUGUAUAAUGUCGAAACUCAAAAUUAUACGGAAGCAGGUGGUAUUGGUUCUAAUCCACAAACAGAUUACAACGAGGAUCAACCACAACAACCUCAAGUUGUUCAAAGGGCUAGACGAGUUCCACGACUGCGUAGAUGUGGAACUGGAGGUCAUUUAGAUGAAAAUAAUUAAUUUUUAUUUGAUGUAUUUUCUUUUAUUUGUAAUAUUUUUUUCUUUUUUUUAAUGUAUUU